AUAUUUUAAAAUAUCCGGAUCAUAUUAUUUUUUAAUAUUUCGUUAUAUUAAAAGAGAAAUAAAUGUAAUUAUUUAUUCUGUUUGAAGUUAUUUUGACAAUAUUAAAUCGACUUACAUAUUUCGGGUGUGGAAUUUUUUAACAGAAAGCGCAAAUAUGAGCUUUGUAAUUUUUGUUUUACUUCAUCCAAUCGCUAAUAAAAUGUGAUUGACAAUAAAAAUAAUGGCUAAAACUAAUUCUUUAUACGUUGUCGGACUGACUUGUCUCGGUUUUAUUUGCUUUGCUUUAGCAUCGGCAGCAGUAGGUAUUCCGAUAUGGGGUCAUUUUCAAAGUGUUGGAGGUGGUUACAUGGAGGAAACUGGAUACUUCGGACCAUGGCGGGUUUGUAAAUUUCUAAGCUAUUUUCGUGAAAAAUGUGGUACCGACAUAUCUAAAUUUAGACCAUCAGUUGCGGUUUUUGCAAGUGGGGUUUUAGCUUCGUUGUGUGCUGUGGCACUUGCAAUUUAUAGUUUAUUAAGCGUAAUACAAAUUGCUAUGGUUGCUUCACAAGAAACAAUCGUAAUGAAAUAUAAAAAUUUAGUAUUAUUGAAAAUGAUUUUAGGAUUAACUGCUUGCAUACUGGCUAUUAUUUCAGCUGCCUUAUUUGCUGUCCAAAUGGAUGAAUCCAACAAAAAUGGUUAUAUUAUAACUCGUGGUGUUUCAUUUUAUUUGCAAAUUGUAGUUGUUAUAUUAACUAUUUGUCUUUUUGGGUUAACAUUAUAUGAUGUAUUAUCAUCAAGAAAAAGUGGCGGUGAUCCAACAAUGUUAAUUAGCAGUGAUCCAGGAAACUCUGCAAGUGCAAUUACAAUUAAUAACCCUGGAUUUAGAGAAGGAAGACGAAAAACAAGUUUCAAAGGCGUGUCAGUUACUGAUGCUUCCGGUAGACCAUAUGAUGAUAUAAAAAAUGGCAGUGUAAUUUCUGUUGAUACAACAUUAACCAGCGUGUCAAAUUCAACGCUUGAAUCAGUUACAAGAUCUCCACUGAGAUCAAGUUUAAAAAAACCCCGACCCCCUGGUGAAUUGGGAAUUAGAAAUCCAGGUUUUGCAAAUCAUGAAGGAUCCCCGAGUAUGAGGCGAAAUGGUAGUAUGAAAAAAGUUAGAAUUAAUGUCCAUAGUACAGAUGUUUAAGCCUCUUCUAAGUUUAUUGUUCUAUUGUAUUCUGAUUUUGAUAUUUUUGGAAUAUACAAUAAUAUUAUGCAUUAUUAAACAUUAAUGUAAUGUUAUGCAUUAUUGUGCUUAACAUAUAGUUCAAAAAAGGUUUUAGUAAAUUUUUUUUAAUUAUUUUUAGAUUCAAAUAACAUUUACGGUCUAUGAAUAUCAGUUACAAAUAUUAAAGUAGAAAUUAACUAAUUUCUGUAAGAAACUAUUUAAAUUUACCAAUAUAUGUAUACAUAUAUACAUAUUUGAAAAUAUCAAACAUAAAAAAGUAAUUUCAAUAUAGCACAAA